AUGUGCUUAGGUAAUGCUCGAAAAAGGGAUCUGAUUGCACAUAAUAUAACUCACACAGGUAAGAAGCCGUUCAAGUGCGAUAUAUGUGAUAAAAGAUUCACUCGAAGUGAUUAUUCGCUUGUACAUAGAAGGACUUCUCACAGAGGUGAGAAGCCGUUUAGCUGUUUUUAG